UGGGUGAUACUUGCCUUGACAAGCUCGCAAGCACCUUCCACACCUUCCAUUUUCAUGCUACAACUCUAUGACUUCAAAGCCAAGCAUAUCUUUCUCAAUAUUCCCAAAUCCUCAUUUUUCAACUAACCAACCUUCAUUCAAUUUAAUCUCUCCUAAGUUGUUGGGAAUUAAUUAAACCCACCCCCCUGCCUCAUCCUCUCAAAUUCUCUGCACACGAAUUUUUUUAAUUAAUGCAUGGUAUAAAUGAAUUGCAAUUCACGAAUAAAAAGAGCAGUAGUGGGAAUCAAAUGUGGCAGAAAAAGUAUACGAUUUUGGAAAUGUUUUGGUAAGAAAAAGAAGACAACAAAGACGGCGGCAAUGGAUCAUACGUCCGGCAAAUCAGAGAAUAAUUGGAAACAAUUAAUGGGGUCAGACAAUUGGAAAGGCCUUCUGGAGCCUCUUCAUAUCGACCUCCGUCGCUACUUGAUUCACUACGGACAAAUGGCUCAGGCAACUUACGAUACAUUCAACACCGAGAAGGCCUCAAAAUUCGCCGGAAGCAGCCGGUAUUCCAAGCAAGAUUUCUUCGCCAAAAUUGGGCUGGAAAAGGGGAAGACUGGCCCAUAUAAAUAUAGAGUAACCAAAUUCUUGUACGCAACAUCGCAAGUUCAAGUGCCUGAUGCUUUUAUUGUGAGGUCGUUGUCGAGGGAGGCUUGGAGCAAAGAGUCGAAUUGGAUUGGGUAUGUGGCAGUGGGUACCGAUGAAGGCGCGGCGGAAUUGGGGCGGCGUGAUGUUGUGAUUGCUUGGAGAGGGACUGUGAGAAGCUUGGAGUGGAUGGAUGAUUUUGAGUUUGGUUUGGUUUCGGCUCCGAAAAUAUUUGGGGAAUCUAGCGACGUGAAGAUUCAUCAGGGUUGGUAUUCUAUUUACACUUCUGACGAUCGGCGAUCACCGUUUACCAAUAACAGCGUCAGAAAUCAGGUUAUAGGCGAAGUAAAAAGAUUGGUAGAGGAAUACAAGAACGAAGAAAUUAGCAUAGUUACAACAGGCCACAGUCUCGGCGCAGCACUAGCAACGCUGAACGCCUUUGACAUGGCAGCAAAUAAACUCAACGUUGCAGCUACAACAGGGGAAGCCUAUCCAGUGACAUCCUUCGUUUUUGCAAGCCCAAGAGUUGGAGAUUCAGAUUUCAAAAGAGCAUUUUCAGAGUACAAAGACGUGCACGUGUUACGAGUAAAAAACGCCAUGGACGUGGUCCCUAAUUACCCGAUCAUCGGGUACUCGGAGGUGGGGGAGGAACUAGAAAUCGAUACUCGUAAAUCGAAAUACUUGAAGAGCCCAGGGAGCUUGAGCAGUUGGCAUAAUUUGGAAGCGUACUUGCAUGGGGUUGCAGGGACACAAGGGAAGAAUAAAGGAGGGUUUAGGCUGGAGAUUGAGAGGGAUAUUGCGUUGUUAAACAAAAGCCUUGAUGCAUUGAAGGAUGAGUAUCUUGUGCCUGUGGCAUGGCGGUGUCUGCAAAAUAAGGGUAUGGUUCAACAGAGUGAUGGGUCUUGGAAGUUGAUGGAUCAUGAGGAGGAUGAUGAGUUUUUCCAUCGUUAAUGUAUUCUUAAUUACUUGUUCAUUAUUCAUUAUAUUUGUUGUGGUUGAUUUAUAAAUUUGGCUUUGUUAAUUAUGCGUAAAUAUAGACUGAUCAACAUUAUUUUUUUGUAUUUGUUAAUUGUGUGCUUUUCAGCUACAACUAAUGUUUCUACUUUUGAUAUACAAAAGAUUCAUCUAAUUUGUAA